GGCAGCCGGGCGGAACUGGUAGGGAGAGCGAGGGAGGGGCCGGGGCCAGGUAGAGCUGCCCUGCGGCGGGGCGAGGAGGGCCGAGAUGAGGUGCUGCCGCCUCUGCAGAUUCGACGCGGCCCGCGGCCCCCGGCGGCUUAUGCGCGUGGGCCUGGCGUUGAUCCUGGUGGGCCACGUGAACCUGCUCCUGGGGGCCGUGCUGCACGGCACCGUCCUGCGACACGUGGCCAAUCCCCGCGGCGCCGUCACCCCGGAGUACACCACGGCCAAUGUCAUCUCCGUGGGCUCGGGGCUGCUGAGUGUUUCCGUGGGACUUGUGGCCCUCUUGGCAUCCAGGAACCUUCUGCGCCCAAGACUGCACUGGGCUCUCCUGGCACUAGCUCUGGUGAACCUUCUCUUGUCUGCUGCCUGCUCCCUGGGCAUCCUCCUUGCUGUGUCACUCACUGUGGCCAACGGUGGCCGCCGUCUUAUUGCUGACUGCCAUCCAGGGCUGCUGGAUCCUUUGCUACCGAUGGACAAAGGGUCUGGACGCACUGACUGCCCGUUUGACCCUACAAGAAUCUAUGAUACAGCCUUGGCUCUCUGGAUCCCUUCUUUGGUCAUGUCUGCAGGAGAGGCUGCUCUAUCUGGUUACUGCUGUGUGGCUGCACUCACCUUACGUGGGGUUGGGCCCUGCAGGAAGGAAGGGCUUCAGGAGCAGCUGGAGCAACUGACAGAGCUUGAACUUCCUAAGUGUAAAAGACAGGAAAAUGAACAGCUACUGGAUCAAAAUCAAGAAAUCCAGGCAUCACAGAAAAGCUGGGCUUAGGACAGGUGCUGAUCCAGAGGUUCAUUACACAAGGUUUUCCACCUCCCCAGGAUGACAUAAACAGUUAUAAUAAAAUAACUCUUUUCUUCUA